GACGGGCCAGCUGACCCUUGUACGCAGUCACGACUUGGAAUUUCUACAGAAAAGACCUGCACAUAAUGAUGAGUCGCGUGAUGCUCCUGGCGCUGGCGCUGACGGCGGCGGUGCUGCUGGCGGCGGUGGAUGCCGGGCCGCUGCCUGAGGCCGAGGCGGAAGCGCACAGGAGGGGGGGGUAUGGCGGGUAUGGCUUCGGACUCGGCUUUGGUGGAUACGGCCUCGGGUUGGGCCAUGGUGGCUAUGGCCAUGGUGGUUAUGGCCAUGGUGGUUAUGGCCAUGGUGGUUAUGGCCAUGGUGGCUAUGGCCACGGUUAUGGCCAUGGUGGAUAUGGACAUGGCCAUUAUCAUAUUUACGGGUAGAUGGGAGGAAGACCUGAGUCGGAAGGAAUGUGCCACCGCCAUUCUGUGGAGAGUUAUAAAGGGGAAUCACUGGUCCCUUUCAUCCGCCCCUUUUCCUUCCCGACGAUCAUUUCAACUUUUCACUUAGUUUUCUCGAUGUAUCACCUCGUUCAGAACUGUGUUACUCGAGGUGUUAGAUUAUCAACAGAUUAUCAUUGUUGGGAAUUUGUUUGACGGUUUUCAGUAAAUUAUUGAAGCGAGGAGUUUGUUUUGAAUAAAUUGUUGAUCUAAA